ACAGCUGCCGUGAUGCUGGGACUACUCCCUGCGCUCCCCUGCCUGCUCCUCCUCUCCCUGACGGGCCCCAGCUCUGGCUCUGAUGACGACAGCACUGUGGUGCUCACCACCAGCGGCCCCAUCCGGGGCAAGCGCCUCCAGGCGGGCUCCAGCACAGUGACGGCCUUCCUGGGGAUCCCCUACGCUGAGCCCCCUGUGGGGGCCUUGCGCUUCCAGAAACCACUUCCCCACCAGCCCUGGAGCCAAGUCCUGGAGACCACCAGCUUUGGCAAUGUCUGCCUGCAGUCUCCAUUUCCUAGUUACCCUGACGCCAAAUUAUUCACAUCCACAAUGCCACAGUCUGAGGACUGCCUCUUCCUCAAUAUCUGGGUGCCCCAUCCCCAGCCUCCUGACCCAGCCCCCAUCCUCAUGUGGAUCCACGGCGGUGGGUUCCAGAGAGGGACAGCCUCCCUCGAGCUCUAUGAUGGGCGCUUCUUAGCUGCAACUGGGAAAAUGAUUGUGGCCUCCAUGAACCACCGGCUGGGGGCGCUGGGCUUCCUGUCCCUGCCCCCGGCCGCCCCAGGAAACGCCGGCUUGUGGGACCAGCGCCUAGCGCUGCGCUGGCUGCGGGACAACGCAGCUGCCUUUGGUGGGGAUCCAGCCCGUGUGAUGCUUUCCGGCCACAACUCUGGGGCUGCCUCAGUCGGCUUCCAUCUUCUGUCCCCGGGAAGCCAGUCCCUUUUCACCCACGCCGUGAUGCAGAGCGGAUCCCCAACCUCUCCAUGGGUUUGGACUUCACUCGAGGAGGCAAGGGAGAGAGGCCGGAGUCUGGGCCAGCUGCUAGGCUGUACCAAUGGUGACGACACCGCCCUGGUGGGCUGCCUGCAGGGGAAGGAAGCAGGGGAGUUCCCCAAACGUGACAUCUCCGUCUUGCACCACAGGAAGCUGCUGGGCCUGCCCUUUGUGCCAACAACAGAUGGGGAUUUUCUCCCUGAUUCACCAUCAAGACUCCUGCAGGCUAAGCAGAUCCAGCCUAUACCCAUCACAACUGGUUUCACUGCCAACGAAGGCUCCCACCUACUACUCUUUGGUGCCCACACCUUACACCUGGAGAACGCCAGCAACAUCGGUAUGGAGGAGCUGCUGCAGGUGUUGAAGCUGAUGGUGCCAGGGGCACCAGAAGAGGCCGUCCAGGCUGUGGCUCGGUGGUACAGCCAGGAGGGGGAGGACCAGGGCGAAGCACAGUAUCGAUGGGCCAUGGAACAGAUCACUGGUGACUACGUCGUUGUGUGCCCAGUAGCCGAGGUGGCUAGGCGGGCAGCAGAGGCCGGCAAUCCCGUGUUUGUCUACAGCUUCGACCAGCGCCCCAGUGUAUUUUCUACAGCAGAAUGGACCGGGGUGCCACACGGCUCUGAGCUCCCCUAUCAGUUCGGAACUGUGUGGUCCCUGGCAGGAGCCAACUCCACGCACACAAAGGCUGAGGAAGUCCUGAGCCGCACGGUGAUGCAGUACACUGCGGCGUUCAUCAGGAGUGGGUAA